AUGAAAAUCAUCGCCCUUCUUUCCUCCCCUCUUCCACUUUUCCUUCUAUUUUCAAUUUUCUCAAUAAUUGACGACUCUUUCGGAGAUCUCUUUCGCCCACAAUCCAACCAUGGUACACUUUCUUCUCCAUCACGCUCUUUCCCCUUUCACUCAAUUCGUUCAUGGAUCGAAGCCAUUCCAGAUCUCUCUCUUUUCUUUUUUGUCGCAUGCGGCUUCUACUCUUAUUCCAACACUUCCACCGCGAAUUUAGACGCGGCAAUAGAGCAAUUGCUGAACGUGGAAAAGCAGAUGAGACUCGCCGGUGAGGUGGCAGGAACACGAAAGGCGGUCACCGAUAUUCUGCAGCUCUGCUUUGAAGCGCGAGCCUGGAAAACCCUCAAUGACCAGAUUGUGGUUUUGUCCAAACGACGUGGCCAGCUUAAACAGGCUGUUACAGCUAUGGUGCAGCAGGCUAUGCAAUAUAUUGACGAGACACCAGAUAUUGAAACUCGCAUAGAACUCAUCAAAACUUUGAACAGUGUCUCUGCAGGGAAAAUAUACGUGGAAAUUGAGAGAGCUCGAUUGAUCAAGAAACUUGCAAAGAUCAAGGAAGACCAAGGGCUUAUUGCUGAAGCUGCUGAUUUGAUGCAAGAAAUUGCGGUUGAAACUUUUGGUGCCAUGGCCAAGACUGAGAAAAUUGCAUUCAUUCUCGAACAAGUUCGUUUGUGUCUAGACCGCGAGGAUUAUGUGCGGGCACAAAUACUUUCUAGAAAGAUUAGUCCAAGAGUAUUUGACGCGGAUACAACUAAGGAAAAGAAAAAGCCUAAAGAAGGUGAUAACAUUGUUGAAGAGGCCCCUGCAGAUACACCAUCUUUGCUGGAGUUGAAGCAGAUCUAUUAUGAGCUAAUGAUUCGGUAUUAUUCCCAUAAUAAUGAUUAUCUUGAAAUUUGCCGUUGCUACAAGUCAAUAUAUGAGAUUCCAUCUGUCAAAGAAAACCCUGCCAAGUGGACUCCAAUCCUAAGGAAAAUAUGUUGGUACUUGGUUCUAGCCCCACAUGAUCCAAUGCAGUCAAGCCUUCUAAAUUCCACUUUGGAGGAUAAGAAUCUAUCUGAGAUUCCAAACUUCAAGUUACUUUUGAAACAGCUGGUUACCAUGGAGGUUAUCCAAUGGACAACUUUAUGGGAUACAUAUAAGAAUGAUUUUGAGAAUGAGAAGGCCUCUGGGGAAUCUUUGGGUGAAAAAGCAGCAGAAGAUCUGAAACAAAGAAUAAUUGAACAUAAUAUUCUAGUUGUAUCAAAAUACUACGCAAGAAUUACAUUGAAAAGGCUUGCAGAGCUUUUGUGCCUCAGUGUACAGGAAGCUGAGAAGCAUCUUUCAGAUAUGGUAGUGUCUAAGGCGCUGGUGGCAAAGAUUGAUAGACCAAUGGGAAUAGUCUGUUUCCAAACAGCAAAGGAUAGCAAUGAUCUUCUUAACUCCUGGGCAGCAAACUUGGAGAAACUUCUUGAUCUUGUGGAGAAGAGUUGUCAUCAAAUACACAAGGAAACCAUGGUCCAUAAAGCUGCGUUGAAGGUUUAA